AUGGAGCGUGAAAUUCCUCAAAAGGGAGACGAAGUGGAUGCAUUUCCCACUGCAAGACACUUGAGUCUUGUACCUCCUCAAGCUCAAACACAUGAAAAUGGAAUUGAUUAUGUUGUCGAUGCAGAGAAAGCUUCAGGCAGCCACGGAAAACUAGCAAAAGAUGGCCACACACUGCUCAUCCCGCAGCCAAGCUCGGAUCCCAAAGAUCCUUUGAAUUGGUCGUCAUUCAAGAAGCACCUCAUUCUUCUUAUUGUAUCAUGGGCUUCUUUGCUAGCGGACUAUGGCUCUGCUACGGGUGCUGUCACUCUGAUCCCGCAAGCGACAGAAUGGGGCAUAAGUCCAGAUACUGUCAACCAUUCUCAGGUAGGGAAUGUUUUUAUGCUUGGAGCCGGUGGUGUUUUCGUCGUUGCUGGGUCUGCCUAUUUCGGUCGCCUUCCAAUUCUCUUUUGGUUCCUGGUCAUUGCGACUGCCACUGCCGCUUGGUGUGCUGCUGCGACAAGUUUUGAAAGUUUCAUGGCUGCGCGCAUUCUAAAUGGAUUCUUUUCUACGGUCGCUCAAGGUGGUGGAUUGAUGUUCAUCAAGGACAUGUUCUUCUUCCACGAACAAGCACGAAAGAUCAACAUUUGGGCAGCGUUUAUCAUUCUCAGCCCUUAUCUCGGUCCUCUCUUCUCAGCUUUCAUCACGUCAACACAAGAAUGGAAUGUUGCAUUUUGGCUGUUCUUCGCCAUGUGCAGUCUUGCAUUAGUGCUUUCCGCAUUGUUCGUGCCGGAGACGUACUAUAACAGAGAUUCCAAUGACAGUCCCUCAAACGGAUCACGGAUAUUGACGCUUAUCGGGGUUCAUCAGCGACGUGUCAACCUCCUCAAGCCGAACACCUUAACGGAUGCAGUUCUUCGACCAGUCAAAGUGAUUAUCAAGCUACCAAUCUUGCUCAUCUCUUUCUAUUACUUCCUUACCUUUGCGUGGGUAGUUGGUAUCAACACGACACUCUCAAUCUUCUUGACUCCGCUCUAUGAUUUCGGACCAAAACAAAUUGGAUAUUUUUACUUCACACCAAUAGUUGCCGCCCUGCUGGGUGAGCUAUGUGGUCAUUAUAUCCACGAUAUCAUCGCACGUCGCUACAUCAAAAGGCACGAUGGUCAUUUCCAACCUGAAGUCCGACUUCAAGCCGCAAUUAUAUCAUCGCCAUUCAUGAUAGCGGGAAUUGUCCUGUUAGGAUUUGCCCUACAGUACGGGUAUCACUAUAUGAUUACCGCUUUGGGGUGGGGCUUGUAUGUGUUCGGUAUCAUGAUCACCACAGUCGCUGUCAAUGCCUACGGAGUGGAUUGCUAUCCAGAAGGAAGCGGCGAGGUUGCGGCUUGGCUCAACAUGGCACGCACGACUGGGGGUUUUAUUGUGAGUUAUUUCCAGGUGAACUGGGCAGAGUCCAUGGGUGUGAAGAACAGUUUUGGUGUGCAGGCUGCUAUCAUUGCUGGUGCUUCUUUCAUACCACUAGGGCUGGUGCUUUGGGGUAGACCUCUCAGAGAACGGAGCGGAAGACUUGGAUUCAAGACAGUAUAA